AUGGCUUCGACAUCCAACACGCCCGUUGAAAACACCAUUCGAGAGAAGAUAACAGCAGCACUCGCCCCAUCUACCCUUGUCAUCCGGAAUGAUUCGCAUCUACAUGCGCAUCACGAGCCCAUGCGCGGGUCAGCAUCCAAAGAGACGCAUUUCCAUGUCACGAUCACAUCCGCAUUGUUUCAAUCGAAGAUGCAGCCUGCACGACAUCGAAUGGUGUAUAGUUUGUUGAAGGAGGAGAUGAGUCGCGAGGAUGGGAUCCAUGCUCUACAGCUGAAAACUAGGACACCAGAGGAGGAGGUAAGGGAGAAGGAGAGAAGGGCAGCGCAGGCGCAGGCUUAG